AUGCCUCUUGCAAUGACACCAGAUGAUACAAGCAAGCAGGCCGCUACACCCACCACUUCAGCACAGAGAUUAUGCUUCUCUCCACGAACAAAGCGUUUCUGGGUAAUACUUGGCCUCCUGGUCCUAGCAAUCGGCCUCGGCGUAGGGCUGGGCGUUGGUCUGACUCGAGGUUCCUCUGAUAAUGGCGAUGAUGAUACGCCAUCUCCUCCGAAAUCUCCAACAAACAAUACUGGCCCUGCAGCAGGAACGUAUUGGAAGCCGGCCGCGGGCACAACAUGGCAAAUCGUGCUACAACAGGCUCUCGGGACUACGGCGCCAAACGUCUCAGUCUACGACAUCGACCUUUUUGAUAACAACGCAACUAUAAUCAACACUCUACAUGGCAUGAACCGCAAAGUUAUAUGCUAUUUCUCAGCUGGCAGUUAUGAGGAUUUUCGUCCCGAUUCGGACCAAUUCAAGAAAAGCGACUAUGGGAAGGAACUCAAAGGCUGGCCCGGCGAGUUCUGGCUCGAUAUCAGAUCGGAAAACGUGCGGAGCAUAAUGAAGGCGCGUCUCAAGGUCGCGGCUUCUAUGGGCUGUGAUGGCGUGGAUCCAGACAACGUGGAUGGAUUCGCGAAUGACAGUGGGUUCCCCCUGAAUACCACUAACACGCUGGAUUUUCUCACUUUUUUGGCCGAGGAAGCACAUGGGCUGGGGAUGGCUAUCGGCUUGAAGAAUGCGGGCGACCUCGUGGGUGCUACGGUAGAUUUUUUGCAGUGGGAGGUCAAUGAACAGUGUGUGCAGUACGAGGAGUGCAAAAGUUUUCGACCGUUUGUUGAUGCGGGCAAGCCGGUUUUCAACAUUGAGUAUGUGGAUGGGAAAGGCGUGAGUACGAAGCAGAAAGUUUGUGGAGAUAAUAGCAGGAGUGGGUUCUCGACUCUGUUAAAGAAUAUGGAUUUGAGCGAUUGGGUGGAGGCGUGCUAG